AUGUCCUCCAGCUCCAGAUCUUUAGAGGACGUCAAAGCGCUCCUUCAGUCCAGCACAAUGACCAACCCACAGCUGACCGUGGACUUCUACAACAGCUGGUCCGAGAUGUACGAACAGGUGAGCAGACAUAUGACACUGGUCCUCUGGAGGAGAGGAGACCGAGACUUAGGACUCAGACUAAAGACUCAGACUAAGGAGGUAAAACCAGGAUCUGAAGGUCAGGACUCAUAAUUCAGGGUGACGAAGUCUUCGUUUAGUUCCUUUAUUCUCUUCAGAGAGGAGUGGGAUUAACAGCUGAGUACAGAUGUCCGCACAGUCUAUAUACAUUUAUUUAUUUAUUUAUAUUGGUUUUUAGUGCUGCUUUUGUACUGGCACUAUACUAGGACAGCUGUAUACCCUUUAACACUUUAUUUUUUAUAUUUAGAUUUGCAUUGAAUGGACACUUUAUCAUGACUGCCACUUGUUUUACAGAAAGCAAACUGUUUGUUAUUCUCCAGUGCAGAAUCUUUACUUUUAUUUAUACAGCCACUUUAUUUCAUUUAAGUUUGUUUGUUCAAGGUUUUCAAAAAUGUGACGAAGGUUGGGAAAAAUAAUAGAUAGCUUUCUAGAAAGCCACAUGUAUAAGCUCUCAAAUACUCUUUGAAUUUUGUUUCUAUCUGCUACAGAGGCUGAGAUAUCAGCUUUUUUUCGUUGGUUUGUUUGUUUGUGAGUUUGUUUGUCUGUUAGCAACUUUACGGAGAAAGUAGCAGACGGAUUGACCUGAAAUAGCGCCAAUGCUUUUUACUUUCACCUGGGCCCCAUGGGCCCCAAACCAUCUGCUACAGAGCUCCUCAUCUGGCGGUCGACGUUCUGAACGCAAACUUCUCUGGGAGUCGAGAAGGUGUUCAGGUUCUGGACGUGGCCUGUGGGACUGGCUUGGUCGCUAAACUGGUGAGCGAAAACACUUUUGGAUUCGAUAAAGCUAAAAUGAAGUUAAUCCUGUUUGGUUCAGUGAUCAGGACGUCAGUCUUUCAGGUUUUUUAAUCCUGCUGCUUUCCUGUACACUCUCUCAGAGUCUUUGUUUGUGUGUACAGAUGUCAGCGCACGGCUUUAAACACUUUGUGGGAGUGGAUGGUAGUGAGAAAAUGCUGAAACUAGCUGCUGAGACGGGCCUCUAUCAGGACCUCAGACUGGCUGUACUGGGAACAGAACCUCUGCCGACAAAGACCGGUAAACUGGAAACCUCAAAAACAAUCCCACACAUAUACAGAAAAAAACAUCUGAUACGAUAACUUUAAACAUCUGAAAUCUGACUCACAGUUCAGUACAGGGGAUUGAUCAGAGUGGUCUAGCCCGGGGAGUAAUUUAGAUUUAGUCUAGAACCGCCACUGGAUAUAAUGCAGAUAAAUCCUUCAGAUAAUUACCUCCGCCAAGGAGGUUAUGUUUUCGGUAGCAUUGGUUUGUUUGUUUGUUUGUUAGUUUGUUUGUCUGUUAGCAACUUUACGGAGAAAGUAGCAGACGGAUGUGAUCCAGAACACACAAAAAUUAGGGUGUCGUUGGAAUUUUCAAUGCUGAAAGAUAACCAAUGGGCGGCACAUCAGUAUAGAUAGGCAGCACAGUGGUGUAGUGGUUAGCACUGUCGCCUCACAACCCGAAGGUCCUGGGUUUGAAUCCCAGUCAGGGCAUUUCUUGUUUAAGGGGGGACAUGAGCUGCUUGGCGGAGGUCUGCGCUCUCCGAGUGCUUUUCUAGUUACAAAUGGGGCCCAGGUGAAAGUAAAAAGCAUUGGUGCUACUGUAGAUGCCAACAGACUACCAGCAAACACAAUGUUUGCAGGACUUCUACAGCUAGGAUAAAGUGACAUACUCCAGGACCCGAGGCCAACAGUUCAGCGGCGCUACAACACGCUACAGCAGGUCCCAUUUGACAAGAAACACUUAUGUUACAGACACUUGGCUUACUAGAGGACUCAGACUUCCUCUUAGACCCGAUUAGAGACUGGAUUCCUGUUUUUUAUCCGGGUGGCGUUCAGUCUUUGCAUACAUGUUCGGCCUUGUUCAGAUAUUGAGAUAAAAACAAACUAAACCUGCUUGGUCAGAGGAAAGGUCACUGGAUGGAAAACCACUGAAAUCGUCUGUCAUCACUUCAAUCCGGUUUUCUUAUGGUCCACAAUAAAAGCGACUCGAUGUCUGAAAUCAGCUGAACAUGUGACUGAAAUACUAACCAUCACCAUGAACCAACAGGACUCUGAGACCAUCUGCUACAGAGCUCCUCAUCUGGCGGUCGACGUUCUGAACGCAAACUUCUCUGGGAGUCGAGAAGGUGUUCAGGUUCUGGACGUGGCCUGUGGGACCGGCUUGGUCGCUAAACUGGUGAGCGAAAACACUUUUGGAUUCGAUAAAGCUAAAAUGAAGUUAAUCCUGUUUGGUUCAGUGAUCAGGACGUCAGUCUUUCAGGUUUUUUAAUCCUGCUGGCUUCCUGUACACUCUCUUUGGUUGUGUGUACAGAUGUCAGCGCACGGCUUUAAACACUUUGUGGGAGUGGAUGGUAGUGAGAAAAUGCUGAAACUAGCUGCUGAGACGGGCCUCUAUCAGGACCUCAGACUGGCUGUACUGGGAACAGAACCUCUGCCGACAAAGACCGGUAAACUGGAAACCUCAAAAACAAUCCCACACAUAUACAGAAAAAAACAUCUGAUACGAUAACUUUAAACAUCUGAAAUCUGACUCACAGUUCAAGUUGAAGACCUGGAGCUUUAACAUCUUAACAUGAGCAGAUCUGCAGGAUCAGGAGACAGUCAUACGUUAGUUUCUGAAGGUUCAGGUUAUGGAGGAGAAAAGAUCGAUUUCUGGCAGAUAUUAUUGGAUCUUCCAACAUGGAGAAAUCUGUGUGUUUAACCAUCAGAAGAUUGAAGUGAAUAUAAUCAGGGUAAAUUUGUAAUAAAAAACACUGAGGAUUAUAAUGUUUGACAUAGAACAGAUGUUUUCAGCGCUGAGAAAGCUUGACUCUGAAAGGUGGAAAAUCCAACAUAAACUCAGUCAAACAGGAAACAGGAUGAGAUCUGAAGAAGAGUCUGAGCGUCUUUUAUUGUCCAGACGACAAACAGAGUCUCGACCAAAACUGAGGAAAAACCUCUUUAAGUUUUUCCUCUUCUCCCUUUUAUAUCUGAAUCUGUGUGUAUCUGAAUACAGUCAAUGUGUACUGUUUGUAUCUCUAAUAUGUGUGUGUGUGUGUCUUCCGUCAUCACGGGUAUAUCAUAUCUAUCCUCCAGGAUAGGUUCCUCGUGAUGACGUGUUGUACUUUUCUCUGAAUCUCUUCGUUUAGAUUUAGAUUAUAUAAACAUAUAUAUAUAUAUACUGUAGAUAUCUAUAGUAUACUAUAUAUUGUAAAUAUACUGUAGGCAGUAAAAGAAUACUGACUUUUACUUAAUGACUCUGUUUUAUGAUGUUUUUAUGUUUUAUACUGUGAAGCACUUUGUGUACCCGUACUGCGAAAAGCACUAUAUAAAUAAACCUUUACUUACUUUACUUACUUACUUAGGCUACUGCUCUACUGCUCCAGGAAGACUGACUGAUCAAACUCGGACCAGAAAAGCGUUUUCAGCUACGCCAAAAGAUAAUUACUCUAAAUUUAAUUUCCUAAAUGUAUGAAACGAUUGGACUACAAAGUCCAGUCCAGUCCAGCUCAAAGAUACCAGGCAGGAACCGUGAACUGGACCUGAACUCUCAGAAAGAGUUGAACAGCUGCUGCUCUGGUUUUUAGGACCUGAUCUUGGCUCUCUCUCUCAAAGCUUCAGUUUUAACUUCAUGUCUUCAUGGUUGGACCUUCAGCUCUGAUCAGCGUCUGUCUUUAGUCUGAACUCUGAGGUUCCACAUCAGAACAGAGUCUGAGCACUUCUCUAACAUCUUCUUCUCCUGGUCUCAGGUGUGUUUGACGUGGUCAUCGUUGUCGGGGGUCUGGGUGCCGGUUUUAUUCCGGUCCAUGUGGUCAGGGAGCUCUGCGAUGCAGCCAAACCAGGUGAGAAAAUGAAGCUCCUGUCCUCCAAACCAAACCAUCUGAGGACGUCUUCUUUGGGGACACUGAGAGACCAGCAUGAGGUCCACUGUGAGGUCUGGUCUUCAGAGAGUCCCCCUCCUCACUAUUCAAGAUCUUUCUAAAGAGGUUUUCCACCAAACUGUCUCUGAGUGAACCGUCUGCUGUCUGUCUGUCUGCCUGCAGGAGGUCUGGUCUGCAUGAGCCUAGGAGACCACCUAGGAGCCAACAGUCAAAGGUUCAAGGCUGAUCUGGAGAUGGAGCUGCAGCUGAUGGAGCAGGAGGGUCAGUGGACUCAGCUGGGAAUCAAACGCAGCGACAGGUACAUGGGCAACACACAUCAGAGCGCCGAGGGAGACCGAGACCACCAGCAGGGGGAGCAGUUCAUCAGCGGCUUUAUCUACCUGUACAGGAAGUCCAGUCAGACGGUCUCAAACAAUCCGAAAACAGGAGUCUGA